UAGUUAUUUGUUUCUCGUUUCUUCGUCAGGGCGACGGCGAAGGCGACGGAGGAAGAGGAAAAAUGGCGCCUGUAGGUCCUUUACGGUUCUUCUUCAUCUUCUUCCUCUUUACAGCUGCUGCAUCAGUCUCUUUCAGCGCCAUAGCCCACGAACAAUAUGGCGAGAUCAGGAGCGUUGGGCGUCGAUUUCUUUUGGGUUUCAAGGAAACUCCUCGAGGAAGCAAUGUUACUUUCGAGUGCUCCCCCUCUGGUCCUUGUGUUCCGUGCCUUUACUCUGAAAAGAACAACGAGAAAUACCGUUGCAGUGAAACCGGAUAUCGUAUCCCUUUCAAGUGUAAAGAGAUCACAAAAGGCUCACACCCAACAGAUGGACAAGAAACUCAACAUGAUGAAGAUGAAAUUGCAACAAAAUCCAGAAGAAACUUACUGGACGGUUCACCGCCAUCAAAACGUAGAUCUCAAUCUUACACUACUUACAGGAGCUGUGUCCCAAGUGCAAAUGAGGAGAAGUUAUCAGUCAUUGGAUUUGAGGGAAUGAUGCUGGGACUGUUGUUUAUCAGUGGAACAAUGGUAUACGUCAGAAAGAGACGGACAGUUACGAUGCCUGGAGUUUCCACGGGGAGAUCCCAGGUUAACUCUUCUCGGUUUUAAUAUUUAAAAUCACAUUUAACGUCUGAAACCAAUGGAGGCGUUUGGCUGUUGAAGAAUGAAGUUAGGUUCAGAAGGUUUGCCUUCCUCGAAUGAUCUGAAAAAGUCGGCAGUUUGUUUGCUGCAUCUCAUUGAGUAGAGAUGUCCAUCCCCAUCUCUGUCAUCGUAUGAGUCCUAUGAAUCCUCAGUUCAAUUCAACGCCAAGUUUGAUUCUUGGAUAGUGUUUCUAGUUUUAUCACCAUUGUGGUUGAUCUUGUUUGGUUCCAAACAGCUGCAAUAUGUGGGUGUAUACGUAAGGGCAGGUCAAGUUUGACACCUUGGGGGGUUGAGGCCAAGAUUCAACUGAUCAAAGGUUGUCUGAAUGUGAGGAGUCACCCACCCAAGAAUC